AUGGGAGGGUGGGAGCGCCUCCGCGGGGGCCCAGCCGGCAGCGAGUGGGGGGCAGGCGCGCGGCCCACCCUGCAGCAAGACGCCGGCUCCCUCGUUUCCAGGAGCUUUGCAGAUAGCGAGAGGGAAACCCGCCUCGAUUCUCUGGGAGAAACCCCCUCUCUCCCCCACUUCGCCAACACUACCCCCGCCACCAACAACAAUAAGCGCCACCGCCGCUCGUCCUGCCGCCGCCGCCGCCGCCGCCGCCGCCGCCGCGCCUGCCCGCCCUGCCGCCGCCGCCGCUGCUGCCCGGGCAAAACCAUGGAAAGCGAGACCCCCGCACCUGUGCAGCUGAGCUCAAGGGCUUGCAGAAUACUGGGAAGUCUGGUCUGAAACGAAAGCGCCGAGACCCCCCAAGGAAGAGAACUGGCGAAGCAAAGGAUUUUCAUGGCGCAGGCCGCAGAGCCGAGAACGAAGACCGAAGGUUGCAUCUCGGCUCUUACAAUCU